AUGGCUCCGGAACUUCCUCCCAACGUCCACGUCUCGCAGCACCCUUGCCUGCGGGCGAAGCUCUCCCAAUUGAGAUCCAAGUCGACUCCGGCAAAGGAGGUGAAGACGUUGAUUCAUGAAAUCGGCCUCAUUGUGGCAUGCGAAGCUCUCGCUGCCUCGACUAAAGCGACAGAUGGUCCCAAGGAUGCGACCCCGCUAGGCUUCGAGUUCACCUCGACCGAGAUCUCUCCAUCCCGCCUUUGUCUCGUCCCGAUCCUGCGUUCAGGUCUCGGCAUGGUAGAUGCCGUACAAACUAUCCUUCCCGGCCCUGUGCCCGUCCAUCACCUCGGUCUCUACCGCGAACCGACUACUCUCGAGCCUGUGGAAUACUACAACAACCUCCCCCACCACAUCUCCUCCGACGGCUCUAACCCGGACGUCAGCAGUCUCGCCAUCGUUCUCGAUCCCGUCAUCGCGACCGGUGGUACCUGCGCAGCCGCUAUUCAGACACUACGCGAAUGGGGCGUCAAGCGAAUCAUCGUCAUGUCAGUCAUCGGUGCUACUGAGGGUGUCAAGCGUGCUGCGCAGGAGUGGGCGGAUGCGACGGAGAUUUGGAUUGCUGGUGUGGACUCCGAAUUAACACCAAAUGGCAUGUUGAAGCCUGGUGUCGGUGAUGUGGGUGACCGCUUAUUCUUGACUAUUGGCAAAUAA